AUGCGUGGGUUAUACCCGGCUGACAUGGUUACAAACGUAGUCAACGACGACGGUCCCCCGUCCCCCGUCUCGCCCUACCUGGCACCCCUCAUCACCGCCCUGAACGAGGCGGGCCACACAACCGUCGUGGUCAUACCCGACAAGCCGCUCUCCUGGAUCGGAAAAGCCCACGCCGUCGGCAAGACCCUGACCGCAGAGAGCAGAUGUCCAGCGUCGUUCCGUUCAGAUGACGCCAACAAAACUUGCAGCGUCCCCGGCUGCGGCGAGACUGAAGACCGCACCCACCGCUGGCUCAUCGUAAACGGGCCCCCGGCAAGCUGCACCCAACUAGGCCUCUUCCACACGCCCGACCUAUCGCCGCAAGACUUUGACCUCGUCGUAUCGGGCCCCAACCACGGCCGCAACGCGAGCACCGUCUACGCGCUCGGCAGCGGCACCGUCGGCGGCGCCCUGGAAGCCGCGCAGUGCGGGCGCCGCGCCGUGGCCCUCAGCUUCGGGAGUAAAGACCCGCAACCGCCGACGACCGUCCGCGCGGCGUGCGUGCGGGCCGUGAAGCUCGUGGAGGAGCUCGCGAGCGAGUGGCACCCGCACGUGGAGGUGUAUAGCGUCAAUGUGCCCAUGGUCGCCGACGUCGGUGAGGCGCCGGCGAGGUUGACCAAGAUCGCGGAGGGGAGAUGGGUCACGGGGGGCUUGUUCGUUCCCGUGCUCGAGGACUCUGCCGCCGACCCUGAGAAGAAGUUGGCGAUGUCGGCGCCGGCGUCGUCGUCGCGUACGUAUCGGUUUCGGUGGGCGCCGCAGCUUGGUGAUAUCAAACGACAAGCUGAGGAGAGUUCCGAGGGUGAGGACCUGUGGGCUUCGCUUAAUGGCGUCAUUAGCAUCGCUCCGUUGAAGGCGAGCUUUACUGCCGUGAAUGUGCAAGAAUAA